UCCACAAAUUAUAUUGGAUUGCUAAGAUUCAAUAGCUCCCUCAACACUUCAUAAAUUAUCUUGCGCAYAUGUUAAGGCUGAUAAUAGUGAGUCAUGAAAAUGGUCUGAUGAGCCCAAAAUGAAUGAGCAAGCGCUGAAACUACCCGCCAAGGAUGUGAAUUAUCCAUUUAAGAUUGUUUGUUUUAAAGCUCUAAAGUUGAAUUGAAACCCGUUUUUUGAAAUACCAAGAUCACUUAACACUGUGGAAGGUGCGCACUCUCAAAAAACACGGAAUCUUUCUGGCUUGAGACGGUGUUCGCCAGAUCUAUUGUUUUCAGUGCAGAGGGUUAUAAUCGAAAUAGUGACCAGAUCACUCACGCGUUCAUGGACUAAAUAUCGCGCAUCAUUACUGAAUUUUAAUACCGUAAUCAAUUCAUUUUGUGAUUUCUAAGUGAACAAUUCACUAGAGAAGUGUUCAUUCAAGCGGUUUUUCGUCCMAAAAAAAUGUCUCGCUCCCGUUCAAAACUUUUCGAUGCUGACACCAACCCUGGUGAGUUACGAAUAACUUUAAACGUUGGUGGCCAGAAACACGAAACGUAUGUGAGUACACUUGCAAGCGUUCCAGAUACAAGACUAACAUGGGUCGCAGAACGAUGUUUAAAAGAACCGCGGACCUUAGGCCAGAGAAGAGAGUAUUUCUUUGAUAGAAACCCGAAUGUAUUUACGCACAUUUURAAUUACUACAGAACUGGUAAACUGCAUUGCCCCCGUGAAGUCUGUGGACCUCUUUUUGAAGAAGAGUUAAUAUUUUGGGGAAUCGACGAAAAGCAAAUUGAGACUUGUUGUUGGGCUAAAUACGACGAACAUAGAGACGCAGAAGAGAAGCUUCGUGGGUUUACGAAAAUAAAAAUUGAGGAGCAAGAAGAUACAACGGAUGAUGAGGAUGACACAGCUGAUCGAGAUAUACUCAGCAGUGGGGAAUUCUACCAAAAUACACGGAGUAUCUCUUCAAAAUCGAAAACAAAAUUUAAAAUCCUWAAGAAGCGAAUAUGGAGGACGUUGGAUGACCCCUACUCCUCGAAGCUCGCAAGGAUCAUUGGUUUCAUUUCGUUGCUCUUCAGUGUAGCUGUGGUUGCCAAGUUUUGUCUUUCAACGCUGGAGUUCUUCAAGGAUCAAUCUUCGGCCCACUACGCCGGUCUCUUUAUAAUCGAGGCGGUGGCCGUCACGUGGUUCACUGUCGAUCUUAUUCUUCGCUUCAUCUGCUGCCCGAACAAAUUGGACUUUGUAAAGGAUCUGCACAAUUGGGUUGAUCUAAUGGCAAUCAUUCCGUUUUAUUUGACUGUCCUUCUACCACACAAUCGGACGAUCAGGAAUUUCAACGUCUUUUAUGUCCUGCGUUUAACGAGGACUUUUCGUCCGCUGAAAUUUUCCUACGUAAUGCAGGUCUUUACACAGACUUUAAAAGCGAGUUCGCGGGAGCUGUACUUCCUAAUGUUCAUUCUCGGGAUACUCGUAAUUACUUACGGGAGUGUCGCUUACUUUGCGGAACGUGAUGAGAAAGAUACUUUAUUCACCAGCAUUCCUGCUUCGUUUUGGUGGGCUGUGGUUACUAUGACGACGGUAGGAUACGGCGAUAUGCAUCCAAGGACGUUGUCAGGGAAACUUAUUGGGAGCGUGUGUGCAAUCAGUGGAGUCUUGAUGAUUGCGCUCCCAGUUUCCGUGGUGGCCAGUAAUUUUUCAUUGUAUAAUUCCUACGCUAAGGUGAAGUUAAAACUUCCRGCUCGGCAAAAACGGAACGUCGUUGACACUGCUCUGAAAGCACUCCAACUCAGUACUCCGCAUCAGAGCUUGUGCACAGGGAACCCACCAGAAAACUACACCAGGUCGCGGUAUGGCACCUCUUUGCCCGGUCUUACGGAGAUGACAAUUCUAAAUCACUCAAAUAAAAGAGGUUCGAUAGGAGAAGAUGGGAAUAAUAUAAAUCACUUGAGCGAGAAGGAGGCGCGCCCGCGAUACGCGCGGCGUUCCGCGCAUUUUUCACUUCAUCUCGGCUCGAUUGCUGCAACUCCUGAGCUGCCUGAGAACGAAAGCGAAGCGGAGGAGAAUGACAAUUUGAUGAAUUCUGAAAACAAUUCUUUAGAUCGAUUUGAAAUACAAGAGACAGGAACAUGAAA